UUAGUACGCUAUGACUGGCGAGCAUUUUAAAUCCCUUGAGCGUGCGCACUAUGUGCUUAUUUUUUUUAUUAGUGGAGGAAGCCAUAGUGUUGAAAUUAACGUUUCAGAACUACUCUUGUGAUCCUUUUAUAAUUGUAGUAUGGUCUUCUUUAGUAUUUUAACUGACAAGUGAUACCGACGGUCAAGAGUAUUGAAGAGAGCGUGAUUUCAGUGGCUUGUCAUCAGCUUGGUUGGCUGAAUGGAUCCUAGGGUCGCUUGGAUUCAACCUGAACAGAAGGGACCUGCUAAUACUGCAUGGAUGCAAAUUUGGGAAACCUCUCAGAGGAUUAGGAACAGUUCUAGCCAUCAUUACUGUUUUAAUUCUGUAGCUGGAGUUAAGGGUAAAUUGACUUGUUCAUUACAUAAGGAUAAAAGUAGUUUAGCCAACACUUUUUCUUCAGCUGUGGAUGGUACCGGUGGUGUCACCUCUCCAUGCUUACCUACUCCUCCCUGUUCCUAUAGAUUGGUAGAAGUGAGAGGUUCUGGUGGUGGAGACGUUGGAAGAUUGCAAACUACCUCUUCGGUGUCGUCAUUGUCACCAUCGUCUGUUUUGUCUUCCUCAGGAGAACCCCCUUCUUUUAUAAGGACUAAGGGUGUUGGCAGCUCAAACAACAUUUUUAAUGUGAACGACAACAGUGGGGAUAACCACAACUGUAACUGUUAUGUCCAUUACUCUCCUUAUCAUGCCGUGCCCCAUUUGCAUCAUCACCAUCAUCACAGCAGGUGCAAAAGAGAAAAUAAAGCCAGUACUUAUGGAAUAAAUUAUUUACUGUCUUGCUGUGAUUGUGCAAACUUUCAUCAGCCACAAUUUAUGAACCCAUGGGCCAAGAAGAAAUACAACAUAGGGCUGCAAGGGCUUCAUGAAGAAAUACUCGACUUUGUUGAUUUCAUAUCGCCAAGUCCUGAAGAAACAGCAAUGAGAAUAGAGUUGGUGAAAAAAGUAAAAGCCAUUAUCAAAGGACUUUGGCCUUCUGCUGAGGUAAGGAUUUUAGGCAGUCUCAGCACUGGACUUUAUCUGCCAUCGGAUGACGUAGAUCUUGUCGUGUUCGGCCAGUGGGAACGGCCUCCACUGCAACAGCUGGAGCAGGCAGUACAGAAGCACAGUGCAUCUAAGCCUUAUUCCAUUAAAGUAAUUAAAGUGCUCGAUAGAGCUACGGUACCAAUAAUAAAGCUUAUUGAUCAGGAGUCUGAUCUGAAAGUGGACAUAUGUUUUAAUGUGAACAGUGCAGUUGAUGCAGCUGAAUUUAUCAAGGACUGCUUAAAGGAGAAUCCGUUACUGCGUCCACUGAUUUUAGUAUUAAAGCAAUUUCUUCUACAGAGAGAUAUGAUUGAAGUAUUUCGAGGUGGAAUUGGUUCUUAUACCCUUGUGUUAAUGGCUAUCAGCUUCUUGCAGAUGCGGCCAAGGUCAGAUUCAGGAAAAUCAGAAAAUCUUGGAAUGCUUUUGAUAGAAUUUUUUGAACUGUAUGGACGGCAUUUUAACUACAUGAAAACUGGGAUUCGAUUCAAUAAAACUUGCUCCUCUUAUGUUGCCAAAGAAGAAAUCAUGAAAGUCAUGACAAAUGGUUAUCGACCAUCCAUGUUAUGCAUUGAAGAUCCACUUAUACCAGGGAAUGAUGUUGGGAGAAGUUCCUAUGGAGCCAUGACAGUGAAACAGGCAUUCGAUUAUGCAUAUACUGUACUUAGUCAUGCAGUAUUUCCUCCUGCUAGUUCCUUUCCAAACAAAGGCUUUGACAGCACAUUAGGGAGAAUAAUUAAGAUAACCCAAGAGGUGAUAGACUAUAGAGACUGCAUCAAGAGAAAAUGGGGUGACAGUGUGCAUCUGGAAUUACCUCAUAAUGAUGGCAAGAAUACAGGCGUUGUGUAUCAGAAUGCUGGAAAUGGUAUUGAAGCACAGAAUAAGUUGCGAGAGUCAGAGUCGCCACACAACCAGCCAUCCCCAUUAUCCAUUUCUAGCUCCUUGGAGCUUUCUUCAGAAUCAUCUGCAUCUUCGAUGUCCUCUCUGUCUGGCAGCGACCUAGAUUCUGAUACACCACCCAGUACAACGCCAAAUGUUCAUCAGUUAAACAUCUUGCUAGCUCCACCAAUGGCUCCUUUAACUCCAGUUCCACCAGCCUUGACCGGGGCUGUGCUGAUGACUGCAAAUAAUCUGGCUGGAAUUCCAAUCAGAGGUACAAAUUUUGCUGUUCCUCCAGUGCAGAUCAGACAGGUUCGUCUUGAAGGACCAUCUUUGAAAGUUGCUUCCUACAUGCCACCUCCUGCAGUCCCUCCUCCUUCACCAAGCCCUAUGCCAAGUCCUCAUUUACUUCUGAAGCAGCAAAAUGGGCAGAAGUACCCUAUGAAAGGAAUCAACACUCAAAAUAGUUGUCACAACCCAUUGGUUGUUGGGGGAAUGAAACAGCCUGUUAACAACAGAGGGCCCCACCAGUACAAUCGAAACAGCUGGAAGAGAAGAAAACAUGUGAAGGACUACAUACCUGUAAAUCUCAGCAGAUAAUGCUAGAUCAAGUCCUUUUCAAAUGUAGCUAAAGCUACUUAAGUGGAUGCUUAGAGACAGACCAGCACUCAUCACAUCAUUAUGUCGGUAUUGGAUGAAUAUCUGGCUGACUUUUGCAUGUUUACUGUGUGAUGGGCAGUUUUACAGAAGAACUUUAUUAAAUUUUGGAAAGACUUUUCUUUAAUUUCAAUGCCAUCAUGUAUGGUACUGAUUUUGUACUAAAAUGGCUUGCAAAUCAGAAUGAGAGUUGAAGGACAGCACUGGAAAUGAUAGGCAAUUUUAUGCAAAAGUGUGCUAACAGUUAUGUCAUUGCGACAGAUGUUCAUAUGGCACUGGAACAGUGAUGCUUUCCUGUACUGAUUAUUAGACAUAGGCCAGACCUUUUUUACUCUGUGUUGUGUAUAUUUUUGAAACAUAAGUUGUAUCAUUUGUGCAAUACCUGUUUUUUUAUUUAAUUUUGUAUUAUGUCACUCAUGUUAUAUUUAAGGGGAAGGAGGGAAUUAUUAGAAGUUUACAUAUCCUUUCCCAGGUUACAUUACCUGAGUUUAGUUUUCAAAGGUUAGGUGCUACAGUCAAAUAAGUCUAUAGUGAAUGCUGUGCAAAAUUUUGGUUUCCAAAACAUAAGAGGCUCCUUAGUUCAUUAUCAGUCACUAACUUAAUGCCACUUUGUAGUUUGUGAUGGAGGAGUUUUGAUCCACCAUAUUAAUGUACUUGUUUGGUCUUGCCUUUGUAGUUUUCUUAAGUCGAUGGCUCUUUAUCUUUAUUGUCUUUUUAACAGAAAAUGGAAAUGCUGAAAGCACCAGAAAUGCUAAAAAUCUUAAGAUUAGUGACUGAACUUUGGAGCCUGUAGCACAGCACUGGCUAAUGUAACCUGCUUUUGGUUGGGUCUUAACAGCAUUUGUUUUUAAGUUACCCGACAUAUGGAAUGAGGAGAAAGGAGUUAAUUUGAUUCUAUUAUGGAAUCUGUAUAACAGUAUGCAUUUGUUCUAUUAAGAGCAUCAAAAGUACUUCAGCAGCUGUAUGCAUAAUAUUUUACAGAAGUGCAUAGAUGAUGAUCUGCUUUGCAGGCACUUACAAGUUGCAGGUGCAUACAGGUAUACUAUGCAACUAUUUCCUGCCAUUCUUUCUUUUUUUUCUUCAGGAUGUAGAACAGUGCAACCUAUUAAGCCCAGAGUUUUAAAUUGUUCCAUAUUUGUCCAUGUGUUGGGUAAAAUAAGUCUAGUGUUGCAUGUUUGAUUUUAAAGCAAACACUGUUGAUUACUGAGUAAAAGGCUUUGAGCCUUAUAAAACACUACCAGUUGUUUAAAACCUCACUAAUGGAGAAUGUUGCACAUUCUCAACCAUGAAAUAGUGAAGGCAUGACUUGUUCUUGGAUUUUUGCAAAAUGUAUUUAAACAGUUUUGACUAGAGUCCUUGAAGCUUAAAAAGCCUUCUCUGUUGUACAGUGACAUAUGCAAUUUUAUUUUCAUGUUUCAUUCACUUUUUUGUCGUAGCAUAUAACAAUAAAUGCUACUGCCAAAAUAGCUGAAUGUCUGCAAAUGUUUAAGUAUAAUUAAAUGCAGGAGUAGUCCAAAAACAGAUUGUGUGAAUGCAUCUAUCAGUGCAGUGCUUCCUUGAUAUGUUUCAUCAAAUGCAAUUUCCUUGAGCAAAAUUUGAGUAAUGAGGCAUUUGUUGAAAGCACAGCAUUGGAGUUUUUGUCACCAAAUGAGUCUGUUCAGUUCUGUACAAGGAAAUAGCACUCAGUAAAAUGUGGGGCAGUUACACCAUAUGUAUAUUAAAAAAAAAAAAAAAAGUAAAUGUGCUAAUUACAGUAUUGCUGAGAAGACAUGCAAGUUAGUUUACAAAUGAGCUGACAUGCAGCAGUCUUACCACUUGACUGUUGUCAGGGACCUGUUGUAACUUAAAGUGAUGCAGUCAUUACAUUUCAGUGAAAUAUAAAUGGGAUCUCCUAGUUUUUUUUUUUUUUGUUUUGUUUGUUUUUUAACCUCAGACUGUACUGCAUGGGGCAAGAUGCCUUUAUCCUUUUUUGCUUUCGGCUGCUUUGGUUACCUAAUUAAUGUCAGUUUUACUGCUCGUACAAUUCCAUAACAAAAGAUACUGUGUUUAAAGGGUGUGACGUAAAGCACAAUUGACUAUUAAAACUGUAACCCAUAGCGCUCAUUUGCAUUAUAUUUACCGUUUUAGUUUUAGCUUUGCCAUUGCAGAUUUUAUUAAUAAACUGGUGAACUUUUACAUACUACACUUAACUGUGUAGGUAAUGUGUAGAGGAACUCCAGCAUAAUUGUGUAAAAUAUUGUAUAGCAAUUUUUUCCAUGAAACAGGAGAGUGGUGGAUGUUAAGAGACUGCAUUGGUUAUGCAGAGACUUUAUUUUGCUUUUGUUCAUUUGUAUGCACAAUGUUAGACUUUUGUUUGCAGUACCUGCAAACCUUUUUUUUUUUCCAGAACUGUUUUAGCUAGCAAUUUGCAAGCUUGCUGUGGAUCAGGAGGUUAGAAGAUGGAACCAAGCUUUCCCCUUAAAACUGCUCCAAGGCAGAUGUUAGUUGGUUUCCUUUGCCAAGUUCAUACCUUAGAUCAUCAAGCUGCAACUUUUUAACUAGAUACUAGCUUUAGGGAAACUGUGAUCUGCUGUUCCUUAUGUAAAGGGAUCAUAUUUUUUAAUAAACUUCCCAAAUUAAGUCCCUAUUUCUUACUUAUGGUAAGUAGAAGGUGUUCUUAACAGAGAGUCAUGUUUCACUUGAGGUGCUCCAGUGCUGUAUUUCUUUUAUAUUUCUUGGCUGUGUGUUCACAGCUUGCAUGCCUGUUGUCAUCUCUUGUCAACAAUUUAAACAAAAAAGGUCUGUAUGAUCAGCCUUAAUCCAUUUUGAGAAAUAGGUUUAAAUAUUAUGAGUAGAAAAAAAUUUCCUCAUCAUUCCCACUGGAAACAAAGAUGAACCUGUUUUUUUUUUUUUUUUUUUUUUUACAUCUAAAUCAUUGCCUGUUUUACUGCUGUCCAGCACUUUUUGAGCAGUGGUUGCCAUAGUGUGAAACAGGUCAGUGUUAAGGCUUAAUGUGCAACACGCACAUUUUUAUAACAUUUGGCCACGUUUUUAUAACAUUUUAGCAUUCAUGCAGCAUUCAGCCCUAUGUUUAUGCAGUCUUUGCUUGGUGAACUUCCUAAACUAAUGCUUCCAUCUUUUAUAGUGAGGUAACUUGUUGAUGGUCCUUUUAUAUCUUGUUUUCUGUAGUGGAUUGUUUCAGAAGAAAGUAUUUUAGGUUGAAAUGUUAAUUUUGCAGCUACAUUUUGUUACAGAGCAUUUGUAUGAGGCAUCUGUUUGGAUUGGGCUUCGUCCAGUCUUUACAACUGGUUUACAUUUCAAAGGUACAGCUGGUAGAGGAACUUAAAGAAGGGUUUUGCAGAUUGCACCAUGGCAACAAAACCUGAUUACAAAACUCUUGAUGGCUGUCCUCCAUUAGUUGACUUGUCAGUCUUUCAACAGGCUGCAUUUUAAAAGGAACAUUUCCCGCCUACAUUUUUCUACAUUUUUUCUUCUGAUCUUUGAGUUUGUAGUACCAAACAGGAUUUUACGUUUCUCCAUGACUACUUUUAAUUCUUUAUGGUUCAUUUUAUUUUUAGUUUUAUUCCAAAUGUACUCAAAAAGUUAACAGUUGAAAAUAAUUUUUCAACAGACUUUUCAUAGAGAUUCUUUUUCUGAGAACAUUAAAUUUGUUAAGUCCUAGAGGACUGAUACUUCAACUACAGUGGGAUUUGCUAGAUUCUUCCAGAAGGCCACCCUAACAAAUCUUUUUGGCUUGGGUUCCAAGCAGGAUACCACAGUCUCUACAGUGUGUAUGCCAGACACAAGAUCCAUGUGCAGCAGAUGUUGAAAGUCUUUAUUACAUACAUUUUACAAAAAAAAUAAAAAAAUUGAAAAAUCAGGAAAGAAUCUCAUAAAUUAGUCUUUUUCUUUGAAGCUGAUCUCAUCUUGUACUCCAGCAGUACUCCUUGGUUUUCUGCUUUUCUGUGUCAGGAUACAAGAUCCCCCUAGUUUCAAAGGCUAUCAGCAAGACUUGUUUCUUUCACUUUGUGUCAUCCUUGCUAGUCUAAAUAUUUCAAGUCUGAAUCCUCUUCCCUUCCUGGUAUCUGACCCCCAAAAUGAUUAAUUUGUUGGUAAUUUAAAUGUACGCUUUUACAACAAGCAGUUUCAAGUAACGUUGAAGCCAUAAUGCAUGUGUAAGACACUGCCUUAAGCAAAAUCAGCCUGUUUUUCAAAACUAGUCUCCAUGGAACUAUCUUCUUGCACUGAUAUUGGCAAAAAUUAGUAACUUGUAUGUUGCAUCCACUGUUGUCGAUUUCUGUCUGGGUAAUCCUGAGCAAAUUAGAAGCACUGUAUCAGUUAAUAGAGAAAUACGGACGCCUCCUUUCUUGCAGAUUCCUUGGAAUUGGGACAUUUUAAUUUUAAUCACCAUGUUCUUGGCAUUAAACAACUGAUGUUCAUGGAUGUCAUGUAGCAUACGAGGUUCUUCUUAGACUAGUCCUUGGGAUUUCAGGACUCCAGUGAAUAGGAAUAGUUUAAGAUCAGGCACCUGCAUUGCUCUUAGUUAACUUUUUUUAGCUAAAUAACUUCACACUGCAACAGAUUUGUCCAGAAUGAAAUUAGCCUUUCCAUUUCUCAUGAAGCCCAGCAAAAAUGUAUAAAAUGUUUGAGAAGCUUUCCAUACUUUAUAGUUCACCUAGAGACUGAGUCUUUGGCAGUUUAAGCUGCCCAAAAAUGAUACAAGUAGCACUGAUUCCUGAUCUUCCAGGGAAGUUAUGAGCCUGGGAAGACUCUCUUUAUUUUCACUUUCUGCUAUGGACAUUGGGUUUUCUUUGUGCUGCCAGCCCAUGAUUGAUGUAAUUUACCUGGCACUAGGGAAGCUUCAACAUCUGACCUUGUUUCAGAAGUGGUAGAAAAGUUACUGGGGUAAAGAAUAAAAUAUGAUACUAUGGCAGUAAAUUCAUGUGGGAAUCUGAAUCAUGAUGAACAGAAGUUCUCGUGUAUGCCAUCAUAAGACAGCAGAACUUGGCCCAGGCUUGCAGAGUUUCUAAAGACCUCUAGAUAAAUUUCCCUUCAGGAGAUAAUGAUUUUAAGCAAUCACGGCAGUUCUGUAGUGUGAAGGAAAGGCAGUAUCCCCAAAUUAGUGGAUACAAGAUGGACAUAACAUUAUUUAGGUUCUUGAGCUGCAAUCUUGCCAAAAGGGACCCAAUGGACACAGGUCAUCUUUAUCAAAGGAUGGCUUCAGGAGUAAUCCUGCAUGUUAAUUAUCCUCAUUCAUUGCCCUGAUUUCUUGGAGGUUUGCCUCCCGAUCAGCUUUGUGUUUGAAGUAAUUAACAGGAUGUUUUGACAACUUUCAUUCUUGGAUACCAUUAAGAAUUAUGGGUUAUUGCUAUAGUUUGUAGGAGCUACUCCACUGACAUGCUCAUAACAUUUUAUUUUGUCUGCCUAGAGUUUACCCAGAACUAAUUAGCAGCUGUCCAUGUCGAAAUACAUGCUUCAAGCAGUUCUUUAUUCAGAGCAUCCCUGACAGUUGCUAGAAAAAAGAUUGUUCUAGAUGUACAUAAACUUGCUCUACCUUGAUCCAACUGAUGAAACCACUUCAGUUGGAUAAGCUCUUCUACCUUUUCCAAAUUAUUUGCCAUACCUUUUUGUUCAUUGCACAAGGAAGUAUUAAUGAGGUAUUUUAAUGGGCAUUCUAUCAGGACCCAUUUUUGGCUUGUUUAAGAACAUCUGUAUCUUAAGGCUCGCACUAUUUGAUUAUAUGUUUGAUACAAACUGUGAACUGAACCUUGUCUUUCUCAGCAGAGUAGUCUUAAGAGCAUUCUUAGUCCUAGGUUCUACAUGAUUCCAAGUUUUUUUCUGCCUGUUUACUUUUACAUGGCAUUCACUUGUUUGGAGUAUUCUGUCAUAGGUACAUGCUGCAGGAACUUUCUUCAAAGCAAAGUAUGUAGCACAAUUCCUUUUAAUUAGAAGUGCAGAUCUUUGGUGAGGGGGUUGGUGUAGUUAAACCACAUGCCACUAACUACCUUCCCUCUAGUCUCAUCAAGUUGCUGACACUUUCCUGGCUACAUUUCCUGAGAUUUGACUUUUUUUUCAAUUUUACUGCAAAACAAGAUAGCAUAGUUAUCUUGUCAGGAAGGAGCUUACUCCUUUUGACCAAAAAAAGGACUGAAGGGUGAGUGUAGGUUUUACUCCUUUUUGUAGUGAAGAUUGUAAACAUAGUCUGAUGCAUGACUCUGUACAAACACCAGAUUUUAGGAGCUGUGCCUGUGAUUUGUCAGUGUAACCUGCUUGCAAGAACAUCUGUCAUGAAGUUCUAAUGUUGCAGAAUGUUCUUGCACAAAUGAAUUUCUAUUAUGUUGCAUUUUCACCAUGGUAAAAUUGGACUGCCUGCCUACUGUUUUUUUGUUAAACAGGUAACAUAAAUAUUAUGUUAAGUGAUUUCAUGGACAAACUAAUGCUACAGUCUGAAAUCUGAUGUAUUUUUAUGUAGAACUUUCUAUAUUUUGAUUAUUUUUAAUAAAGUUUUCAAUGCGUCA